CCGUAAGCUCCCAGGUGUAAGCGCUAUCAGCAAAUCCCAAUGAUGGUAUACGUAUUACGCGCUUCUGAAUUUUAAUCCGCCAGUCCAUGUGUUCUUAAUAAUGGUGGUCCUGACGAACAAGCUUUCUGAAGAGGCAGAGCCUGACAUUGAUCAUCUACCUCCUGCUUAUGACACAUUGUCAAUCUACGGAGGCGUUUCAUCGAUACCCCCCAUCACCACUGCUCUCGCUCACCACGAUGAGGCGGUUCCUAUCGGCAGGACUACUAGUACUGUUGUGACGGACGUGCAUGAAUUUGAGCCUCCUUCUCGAAGUCAGGCACACACGUUGCCCAGGAGCAGGAGCAACGACUUUAUAACACACGUUACACAACAUCUAGUGAUCCCACCAGUGGACGUGGGCAAAUCGUCUCAAAAGCGUUCUCAUUUUGAUUCUCGCAACAUCGCUCCAGCAGAGUCUGCGUCCUCCUACCAGAAGGGCAAGCCCACCAAGGCGCGUAAAGCAAAAUCUGGCCCAAGCUCAUGGCUUUCUUUUCUCCCAUUUACAUCCUCUAAAGCUACGAAACGCGACCGCCAGUUCGUGCUUACGCUUAUUCACGACCUCGUUGUCCCCCCGCUAACCAAUUCCGACAACCCAAGUCUUAAAUCUCUGCAAUUGGCCCCAACAGAUCCACAUGAAAUCCUGGCCUCCUGUGCCCAGAUAUGCUCUGCGAAAAACCUGUCACUGUCUACGCUUCUUCAAGAGCUGGAUAUAGCAGGUCAUACUGCCAUCUAUUGGGCUAUUGUCAACUAUCGCCCCUCCCUCCUUGAUGCUCUGCUCAAGUAUGCCUCCCCUUUAACCCAUGUGACACUCAGUGAAAUAAGGAAGGCAUGUUUGGUGACGAGUAAUCAGUCAUUAUUCCAGGACCUCAGACUCAGUAUCGGAUUGUGCGCAAGCUGGUUUACAGAGUGCUGCUGAUGGACUGCUUCUUGGUCAGGCACCCACCAGAUGACGUGCGUAGUUGAAGAGGGCCCCAAUGGUACUUUUGCUGCAACAUUGGAUAUCACGAUGUGGCAAAAACGUAUACGUGCAGUUGGAAGUAUAAGUGUGGAAUUUAUUGCCUCUAGGCCGCAUAUUCGUACUAACUUUCUUCACCACCGACCGUCCCCAACCCAACUCCGAUUCCACGAAAACCAAAAGAGCAGUAGGGCUAUUGCACUGUCUCACUUUCCCUCCU